CCUAAGGUAGGUACCUACCUAGAUACCGAACUUAGGUGUAGGUACGUACUUGAAAGUACCCAAGGUACCUGCGAACUCCUAUGACAAUUGCAACCCUUCAGGUAGAUUGCAGCAAAACGAGGUCGCUGCCCAGCCCAACCUUGCAGUUGUCGUACCUGCCCGUCGUGCAGCUGCGUCAUUCUGGAUGGUCCGGUAGAAGGAGCCUUGCGAGACUGGUGGCACCGAGCUGCGGUCCGCCCGGCCCCAGCAGCAGCCACCCAGCAACCCAGCACAGCCAGUAGUAGCGUUCUCUGCAUCGGUUCAACCCCCGCGUUCGACGUCGUGGUUGGCCCGGCCCUUGGGCCUGGCCUGCGUCCACCCAUCUCUCCCCUCCCGCUCUUGUCCUUCCACCCAUUCCCCAUCCUAGCGACCCUCUCCCUGCAGUCCUCACGUGUGCAUUUGUAACGAAACAACUUCCUCUCCCGCCUUUAUCAAUCCCCCGGAGCCUGGUCGGUGCUGGUGGUGGUGUGAGAGAAGAGAGAGUGUGUGUGCCUGCCUCAUCGUGACUAACCUUGCUGCUGUUGCAGAGCCUUUUGAUGACACGGGCUUGAAUGAUAAGGCUCCCUGGAGUUCCACCAGAUGCGUCGGGUCUUCCUCUCCAAUCUCGCUCCUCCUUGACGCUCGUUUUGCUCGCCAACUCGCCCAGCGAUACUCUACACCUCACAGCGUCGACGCGAUGUCUACCGAAACCGCCAUUCAUAAUGGGCCGUCUCGCCUGGAAGGCCUGAGUGCCGAGGACUUCGAGACGGCCUCUAUCCGCUCGGCCGCCCCGUCUUACGUCUCCGAGGCGCCGUCGUACCAUUCGACGAUCCUGACAAACGAGAGCGUUCCCGCCUACACUCCCCGGGAGCCGCAGAGCUCAUCCCAAUCGUCGCGAUCGCCACCGCCUCGCUACACAUCCUCAUCCAUGCUAAACUUGUCCCCCACGCCGACGCCCAUGACGUCGACUUUUGCUCCUGGGGCCGGCCUCCCGCGGAUUCCCUCGCCCCGCCGCCGCAACGACGCACCACACCUCGGCCAUUUCCACGUCCCCUCCUGGUCGUCAAUGAGCAACAACCCGAACACUCGCCACUACCAGAGGGUGGCGCACCGCCGCGUAUCUGCAGCCAACAACGGUGCUUGGGUUGAGGGUGCCUUGCGCACCGCCAUCGACCGCAUUCAUGCCGCAGCCACCACCACCGACGACGACGACGAUCCGAACAAGGUCCGGCCUCUCGAAGAUCCGUACCUUGUCGGCGAGGAGGCGGCUGCGAGGGCGAAACGCGAGAGGCUGGCUCGACAGAACGGCGACGAUAUCCUCCUGCGUGAGGAGAGAAGGUGGGACUGGUUUCUAGCCCAAAUGAGGGAAACGGAGGACCGGGACCGAAACUGGAGCAACUAUCGCAGAAACGUCGAAAGUCGCGGCAGGCUCGCUCUCCGCUUCGGCCGAUGAGUAGUAUUGAACUACUUGCUUGGCCCGACCUGCCUAGAAGCUAUCGUUACGACAGCUAUCUCUCUCGCCUGCUAAUCCCCAUCUAUUGACGAUGAGGGAAACUGAGAUCGACCACGUCUGCCUUCUAGUUCGUAUCGCUCUUUAGUGUAACUUGUUCUUAAGUCAGGUAUCUUAGCUGUCCUUUCUUUUCUUGUAUGCAUUGGGCGGAGCUACCAUUUCGGCGUCAUUCGGAGCAAGCUAGAUCGGCUCGGGUGGCGUGCUUCCCCCUCCCUGUUUCUGUCCCUCUCCGCGGUGAUUUAGGAUUCGAUAGAAGACGGAGGGCGCGCGCUGUCAUUAUCGUAGUCGAGGUUACGAAUGGGGCGAAAUCCGGGACACAUCGAGAACCAGAACCUGCUCAUAGUCGUCGUCGUCGUCAUACACCACUCCUUAUCCCUUUAGUUUAGCCAGUCGUGUUUUCGCCAUGCGACGAUGGGCCGUCCUAAAAUGGCCCGUAUCUAGCAUUGAUUUUCAUUGAAAAUGUGCGAAUACUGAGAUCAGGGUCAACAAGCAACAACGGCCUGGGGCCCAAACGUAGUGACGAUAUUGUCGUGGUGAUUUCGCGUAUUGCUACUUUGAGCCACCGUCCCGUCCACUACCUAGUUGAUUCAAAGCCAUCCGUUUCUUCUGGACGUUGACGACUUACCUGACCGAUCCUAGAACGAGUCUCUUGCCUCACUCCC